UUGGUUGACGAACGUUUCCCAUUCAGCCAGUGGCACGCGUCUGCUAGCUCUGGAUGAUUUCUAUCGUCUGCAAGUGGAAGAUGAUUUCAAUCGUCUGCUAGCUCUGGAUGAUUUCUCCCAGCAAGUUUCAAGCAAUGCCUCCCAAUCAACGAUCACUGGAUUUAUUUGCAACUUUAUUUGACCAUGUCUAUAUCGACUCUACCUCCAAUCGUUUCGUAAUAAGAAUAACAUUUUUCUAAUGGAGCGAAAUAAAGCGUGCUACAGGAGAGGGUCGGGCUACCCCGAGGGUCACCGUCCCUCUGUGACGUGGAGCAUCAAAGACAACCACAGUGAGGAUGGGAGGAGGAGCCAGGAGGGGGAGAAGAAGCCGGAGCAGAAGGACGUGGGGAAGGAGAUAGGUCUCUUGUACGGUGGCUCUCUCGUCAUGAAUGCUAUCAUUGGUCCCGGCAUAUUUGGCACUCCUAAAGGUGUUUUGGCUGGCGUUGGUUCUGUGGGGAUGAGCCUUAUCAUGUGGGCGUUUGCUGGUAUCUUUAGUAUGUGUGCUGCCCUGUGUUUUGCCGAGCUGAGAGAGUCAGUCAAACGAGAGGGAGUAGAGUACGCCUACAUCACUGAAGCUUUCGGUCCACUUGCUGGCUUCGUCUACUCGUGGAUGAGAAUAGUUGCCGCUGAGCCCUGCUCCACCGCCGUGUUUGCCCUGGCCUUCACCGACUACGUGGCUGACGCCGUCUAUGACGAGUGUGGUCCUCCAGCAACUUUCUUGAUCGUCGUGGCCAGCAUUGCUGUCUUGACGAUGGCACUUGUCAAUGUGAUGUCGACUAAACUGUCAGAGAAUCUCCAGAUGUUGGCGUCAGUGGGGAAGGUCACGGCCUUGUCUGUCAUCAUCGUCAUGGGUGUGAAGAGAAUGGUGGAGGGUCACGUGACUGUCAUCAGUGAGGGGAUGAAGUCAAGUCGAUGGUCACCCACUGACCUGGCGUUUGCUUGUUACAAUGGGCUGUGGGCUUACGGUGGCUGGUCAAAUGUCAACCACGUGACAAGUGGCAUUAAAAAACCUCCACGAAACGUCCCCCGUAUCGUGAAGACCAUCAUCCCGCUGGUGCUGGUGCUCUACCUCUUGACGGUGCUGUCGUUCUUCACAGUCAUGACACGUGAUCAGUUCCUGCAUGCACGUGGCAUCGGUGUGCGCUGGGCCGAGGACGCCCUGGGUCCGGCCAGUUCCAUCAUCUCCAUCAGUGUGGGGCUCAUAGCCCUGGGGAGUGUCAACGCCACCUUUCUCUCGUCUGGCAGGCUGUCUGGUGUGGCCGCCAAAAACGGACAAAUUCCAGACGUCGUUUCCUGGGUACAUGUCAGAAGUAAAACUCCCAUCAUUACAGUAGCACUAAGGUGUGUGAUCGCCAUUGUGGUCAUGUGUGUAGCAGACGGACAGGAACUGCUCAGGUUCUACAUCUUCACGGUCUGGUUGUUUCACGGUUCAUCGAUCCUCGCGCUGCUCAUUCUCAGGGUCAAGAACAAGAACAAGAAACGUCCUUAUAAGGUCGACCUGUGGGUUCCUGUGGUUGUCGUACUUGGCAUCGGUUAUCUGCUCUUGGCACCGUUCCUACAGUACCCCAAGAGAGAAUUUAUUGCAGCCCUCGUUCUUAUCGGCACCUCCAUAAUUAGCUAUUACCCAAUUAACUGGCUCAAGUCCAAGAAAGUCAUUAAUAUACCAGAUCAGCUUGUGAUAUGGCUUCAACUGUUCCUUAGAAUUGCUCCAAAACGUGACCUGAGACGCGAACGCCGAUCUUUCCUGCGCACGAUGGGCAUGCUAGCACGUGACAGCAUCAUCAUCACGCCCAACGUCCAAUCAGAUCCCGCCAUGAGAAGGUUCUCACGGCGCAUGUCCAUGCUGGCUAAAGCUGAAGGCUCUCCGGCCCUGCUGCGGCGCCUGGACGAGACGGCCGGCAUGGGCCUCCGACACCGGAUACACCGGACUAGUUCUCUGGCAGAGGCAGACAUCAACGGCAGACUCAAGUCAGAGGCAGACAUUCCCAGCAGACUCAAGUCGAGUGUCUGGAGUCUAGAGGGGAAAGCCUCCCCUGCUAUCAUAAGAAAGAAGGCAAAGAGCAGAAGUAACUCCUUCAACCAAUCAGAUCUCCCCGCCCUCCGGUCGCCGCCAUCUUUGCCCAUUUUAAAAAACCGCUACAACACGACGCAGGAAGCGGGCGCUGAUUGUAAACCUGGGUCUCUGGCGCCCUCCACCCUGCCGCCCCCUCACCACGUGCUGCGGCCCCAGCCCAGCCCCAUACCCGAGGAGGAGUCAGCGAACAGCCGAGCUAUGACGCAGGCGUCGUCAAACAACCGUGCUACGACGCAGGAAUCAUCAAACAACCGACCACUGGAGCAGGAGUCAGAGCCUGACCACGAACAUCUGCAGGUGAUUGCCGGGUUUGAGAGUGACGGGGGCGGGGAGUACGAGGUGUUGGCCCGACCAGAGGACGCUAGAAGGUUCUCCACAGACGUGCCGGACAUCGUGGUGGACGGGGACACGGACAGCUCGUCCUCCUCAGACUCGGACAGCGGGCAGGCCAAGAACAAGCACCUCAACAUCUUCUCACACAUCCUCUCCUCAUCUUCCUCACUCUCGUCUGACUCCUCCAUGGAGGAGGAGGGCUCAGACGACGAACCGGAAAUACCAUCCCAUAAACGUUACUAUAUCAGUGAGGAUGAGGAAAUGGGCGUGGUCGCGGGUCAUGUCAACAAGGGUCACGUAAACAAAGCGCUGACCCUUGAUGACGAGCAGGUGAGUACCAUAUAGACCUGACGUGCAAGAAUGCCAGCACCAAGCCAGUACUCACGUAUGCCAGGUGUCAUCUGAUGUAUCCGGAGUUUCAGCUUCAGGACUCUGGCAUGUUGGCAGAUUAGAUGGACCAGACACUCAAAUAUGUUUUCAUACUGACACUCAACUCAAAUAUGUUCUCAUACUGACACUCAACUCAAAUAUGUUCUCAUACUGACACUCAACUCAAAUAUGUUCUCAUACUGACACUCAACUCAAAUAUGUUCUCAUACUGAAGAAAAAAACAACAACAUACAAUUUUAUGUUCUAAGUGUUUUACAUUUUACAACGAGCUUGCAUUUUACAGGGACCGUGUAUUGAACAGGGACCAUGUAUUUUACAGAGAACAUGUAUUUGACAGGGAACAUGUAUUGUACAGGGAACAUGUAUUUUACAGCGACCAUGUAUUUUACAGGGAACAUGUAUUGUACAGGGAACAUGUAUUGUACAGGGAACAUGUAUUAUACAGGAACCAUGUAUUUUUCAGUGACCAUGUAUUUUACAGUGACCAUGUAUUGUACAGGGAACAUGUAUUAUACAGGAACAUGUAUUGUACAGGGAACAUGUAUUUUACAGGAAUAUGUAUUUUACAGGGAACAUGUAUUGUACUGUGUAGACUUUAAAAAAGACUUCCUGUAAAUCUUCCAGCACCUACAGAAAAAGACACCAAACGAUAAAAGAUUUAGUUGUCUGAUGUUAGAAUACUUACUGCCAAGAUUUUUAAAAUGUUGCUGUUGCCUGUAUUGUUAUAUUUGUUGCUGUAAGAUUUUAAAAAUGUUGCUGUUGCAUGUAUUGUUAUAUUUGUUGCUGUAAGAUUUUUAAAAUGUUGCUGUUGCCUGUAUUGUUAUAUUUGUUGCUGUUAGAUUUUUAAAAUGUUGCUGUUGCCUGUAUUGUUAUAUUUGUUGCUGUAAGAUUUUAAAAUGUUGUUGUUGCCUGUAUUGUUAUAUUUGUUGCUGUAAGAUUUUAAAAUGUUGCUGUUGCCUGUAUUGUUAUAUUUGUUCCUGUAAGAUUUAAAAAUGUUGCUGUUGCCUGUAUUGUUUUAUUUGUUGCUGUAAGAUUUUAAAAUGUUGCUGUUGCCUGUAUUGUUAUAUUUGUUGCUGUAAGAUUUAAAAAAUGUUGCUGUUGCCUGUAUUGUUAUAUUUGUUGCUGUAAGAUUUUUAAAAUGUUGCUGUUGCCUGUAUCGUUUUAUUUGUUGCUGUAAGAUUUUAAAAAUGUUGCUGUUGCCUGUAUUGUUAUAUUUGUUGCUGUAAGAUUUUAAAAUGUUGCUGUUGCCUGUAUUGUUAUAUUUGUUGCUGUAAGAUUUAAAAAAUGUUGCUGUUGCCUGUAUUGUUAUAUUUGUUGCUGUAAGAUUUUAAAAAUGUUGCUGUUGCCUGUAUUGUUAUAUUUGUUGCUGUAAGAUUUUAAAAUGUUGCUGUUGCCUGUAUUGUUAUAUUUGUUGCUGUAAGAUUUAAAAAAUGUUGCUGUUGCCUGUAUUGUUAUAUUUGUUGCUGUAAGAUUUUUAAAAUGUUGUUGUUGCCUGUAUUGUUAUAUUUGUUGCUGUAAGAUUUAAAAAAUGUUGCUGUUGCCUGUAUUGUUAUAUUUGUUGCUGUAAGAUUUUUAAAAUGUUGCUGUUGCCUGUAUUGUUAUAUUUGUUGCUGUAAGAUUUUAAAAAUGUUGCUGUUGCCUGUAUUGUUAUAUUUGUUGCUGUAAGAUUUAAAAAAUGUUGCUGUUGCCUGUAUUGUUAUAUUUGUUGCUGUAAGAUUUAAAAAAUGUUGCUGUUGCCUGUAUUGUUAUAUUUGUUCCUGUAAGAUUUAAAAAUGUUGCUGUUGCCUGUAUUGUUUUAUUUGUUGCUGUAAGAUUUUUAAAAUGUUGUUGUUGCCUGUAUCGUUAUAUUUGUUGCUGUUAGAUUUUAAAAUGUUGCUGUUGCCUGUAUUGUUAUAUUUGUUGCUGUAAGAUUUAAAAAAUGUUGCUGUUGCCUGUAUUGUUAUAUUUGUUGCUGUAAGAUUUUUAAAAUGUUGCUGUUGCCUGUAUAGUUAUAUUUGUUGCUGUAAGAUUUUUAAAAUGUUGCUGUUGCCUGUAUCGUUAUAUUUGUUGCUGUAAGAUUUAAAAAAUGUUGCUGUUUGCCUGUAUUGUUAUAUUUGUUGCUGUACCCAAUACGGUCGUCUGGUCGCUUGUCUAUAAUGACAGUAGUGACAUUAACUAAUUACCUCUUAAUUAAAUCCUUGUAUACUCUGUUACUACUAUAAUUUAUAUGAUUUCUGAGAAAAUAAAUGGAUACAAUUUGAUAUUUUUGCAGAUUAAUAAACUUCAAAUGAGACUGGUUUGACAAUGAUACACUUGAUAUAUGACAUCAAUAUGACAUGACACCACUGUACCAUGAGACUAACGUGACAUGACAUAUUCGACAUGACACUAAUGUGACACAACAAAAGGGUAACACUGUCAUAAUAACACCGCCAAUUUUAUCAAUGUAUGACUCGCCCUAGAAAAUGAUUUUUUUUGGCAUGGAUAGAAAUAUUUUUUUGUCAAUUUUGUCUUCGUGGUGGCAAU